AUGGCCCCUAUCACAGUUAGCAACCAACAAUGUGCCCCUUGCCCGCGAACCAUAGGCAUAUCUCUCCGCGAGUACCUCGUUGGCAUUGGCAGUCGACAAGGGUCCUCGCCCAAACCAGUUGAAGCCUUGCCUAGCCCGGCCUCGACAGCCUGCUACACACAUUAUGGUGAUGCUCCCUUGAGUGCAGAACAGUUUGAAAUAAUGUGGCAGUUCGGUCGCUUUGCGAAGACGGGGAAGGUUGUGGGGCUGGGCCAUCGGAUACGGUUGAGGCGGCGCGUUCUGCCUUCAAUGGGUCUAGUCGUACCUAUGCCUACAGGUUGGACUGAGACACAUUUCGCUCUGUUCUUUGAGGAGUAUUGUGCGUUUAAAGCCGCUGCCAGUGCUACGAUUGAUGGCUUCAAUAAUGUAUCAACUUCGAAAUGGGGGGAUGUGAAACCUCUCAGAGAGUUAAACGAGGAUGAACUCAGUCGCUACUUCAUUGAUACCAACCAACGUUCACCAGGCAGCCCAAACUGGCUUUCCAAGCUUGACCUGACCCUUGACAAUCUUAUUGCGGUGAAGGAGAAGACGAGACGAGAGAAGGCAAAGGUUGUCGUCACCACCGUAAAACGCCCGGAUAAUAUAUAUGGCCUACGUCGUUUGAAUCGACUCCGCCCUGGUCAACGUCGUCAGGAUAGUAAACACCACAAUGACCUAUUAGCCCAGUGCGCCGAACGAGCGAAAUCUCGUGAGAGAAAAGUUUCUACGUCAUCGUCGGAGGGAUUCAUUAAUUUGAAGAAUGGCCGAAAUCUCUUUAUCAUUUCUAGGUAA